AAAUUUCAACUUUCUGAAAUUGGUCGGUGUCAAAGUCGUCGAUCCCUACCAAAACAAAGAAUUAUGAGCUUUCCAUACGCUUCAUUUGCUGUUUGUGUUCUUCGAUCGAAGGUAGAGGAAGAAGCUCAAGAAGACAUGGCAAGCAGACUCAAAAGAGCUGACAUCGUUGUCUCUCCUACCUUGCAGGCAAUUCUGAAUAAAUUAGACGACCCUUUGCUGCUACAGGACUUCGGGUCAAUGUGGCGUGUGGAAAGAGAAUUGUACAAGCUAUAUUGCACCAUGGAGAGAAUCAAAACAAUUCUUGAGGUGGUGGAGAACAAGCAAAGGAAAGAUGAGCUCACAAAACACUGCCUAGAAGAUCUUAGGAGUAAGGCUUACUACAUCGAUGAUGUGCUUGAUGAGUUUCUCACAGAAAUUCACAAGCUACGAGAUGACAGAAUCCAAAGCAAAAACAGGGGUCAGGUGCCCUCCUAUCUUUCCUUUUCUUUGAAUGAGAAUCAUAUGUUAUGUAGGAAAGAUAUUGGUCCUUUCAUAACUAAAAUUAAUGAGGAAUUAGCUGAUAUUGAGAAGAAACUUGAACAACAUUACUUUCAAGGACAGACUGAACUAAAGCAGCAUGAAAUGUUCACUAGACUACAACCUUUUCCCUCCAGAGACAUGAGCCGAAUGGUUGGUUCCAUAGUUGAUCAAAAUCAUGUGUUUGGAAGAGAAGAUGACUUACGUUAUGUAUCGGACAUGUUGUUAUCUGAUCAGUAUGAUGGAAGGGGUAGUGUUUCUGUGGUUUCCAUUGUUGCCAUGGGGGGAAUGGGCAAGACAACACUUGCUCAGCUUCUCUACAAUCACAAUGAUGUAAUAAAUCAUUUUGAAGUUAGGCUGUGGAUCUAUGUAUCUAACCAGUUUGAUGUUGUCAGACUAAGUGGGGAAAUUCUUACUUCAGCAACUAGGCAAUCCUUCUCUCAUUUUGAACAGUUAGACCCACUUGAGCAUGACCUUGAAGAUGCUCUAAGAGGGAAGAGAAUUUUAAUUGUGUUGGACGAUGUGUGGAAUGAAAAACAUGCUGAUUGGGAGAAGCUAUUCGUUCCUUUUAGGGUUGCAAGUAAAGGGAGUAGAAUUUUAGUAACCACUAGGAGUGAUAAAGUUUCAUUUGCCUUGAAUGCGAUUGCAACUCAUUAUUUGAGAGGUUUGUGUGAUGAAGAUGCUAGGUCAUUGUUCAAAGAUCGUGCUUUUAUUGAUCCGAUUAUGAAUGCAAACUCCACCUUGGAAGCCAUUGGCAAUGAAAUUCUGAAAAAGUGUGAUGGGUUGCCUUUGGCGAUUAAUACACUUGCAAGGCUUCUUCAAGGUACACAAGAAGUGGAUCAAUGGCAAUUUAUCUUGGAAAGUGAGAAGUGGGACGUGGCAAAUGAUGAUAUUUUGCUAGCUCUAAGUUUGAGUUAUCAUCACCUACCACCACAUCUAAAACAAUGUUUAGCAUAUUGUUCUUUAUUUCCGAAGGAUUCUGAAUUUACAAAGGAAACUUUAGUUACACUUUGGGUUGCAGGAGGCUUCAUCCAAACUAAACAAGUAGAUAAAAUCAAACACAUUGGACGACAAUAUUUUGAUGAUUUACUGCACAUGUCUUUCUUCCAGUCCAGCUCAGGUGAUAGAUUUGUGAUGCAUAAUCUCAUGCAUGAUUUAGCAUGCUUAGUUUCAGCUGGAGUGUAUUUCAGACCAGAGGGAUAUAUUUCAUAUCACAUCUAUGAAAAUGUUCGACAUAUGUUUUUGGAUAAUCCUGACCUUGAUCUAGUGGAAAAUAGGUCAUACAGAUUCAAGAAUUUAUCCUCAUUUCUAUUUAUUUGUGAAAGAACAAACAUGCAAGGAAGCCAAAUUCUUAAUAUGUUGAUUGCAGAAUUCAAAUGCUUACGUGUGUUGGUUCUUGACGCUUUUUGGAUCAACUCUUUUCCCUAUUCCAUUGGCAGUCUGAAGCAUCUACGAUUCUUUCGUAUCAGCAGUGAUACAAUAGAAAGGUUACCUGACUCAAUAUGUGCACUCUACAAUUUGCAGGUAUUGGAUGUAGUGAAUUGCAGAAAACUUAUUGAGUUACCUGAAGACAUAUGCAACCUAGUCAACCUCCAACGCCUACGGAUGGAGGACAAAUGGUGGGAUGUUGAAAGGAGGCCAAAAAGAAUGGGAAAAUUGCAAUGUCUUGAAGAAAUUCCCUUUUUCCAUGUGGGCCUAGAUGUAGGCCAUGGUAUAAGUGAACUAAAAGAAUUGGUAAAUCUCGAAGGAACACUUGGCAUUGAAAGUCUAGAGUUUUUAAUAGAUAUCAGAGAAGCCAAGGAUGCCUCUUUAAAGAACAAGCAGAAAAUUGACAAGUUGUGGUUGGAAUGGGGUUCUUCUAGGAGGGAGAAACCAUAUAAUCUUUGUUUUAGUGAAUGGAAGCAUCCGUAUUACAGAUCAUGGGAAGAUGUACUUUCUCAAUCCAAGCACUGGGAAGAUGUACUUGAGUCCCUAGAACCUCACAAAGGGUUAAAGGUUCUUGAAAUUUUGGACUUCCCUGGUUUAUGCUAUCCAAUUUGGAUGACAACAAAUAUAAUGAGAUACAAGAAGCUAGUCACAGUGAAACUUUAUAGAAUUGAAAGUGAGUCCCUUCCACCUUUGGGACUGCUGCCUUGUUUAGAAACCCUCAAGAUCUCAUGCUCACAUAAAAAUAAAAUUAGACAAUUGAGUGCUGAGUUCUAUGGUGGUAUAGAUGGUAGGAAGGGGUUUCAAAAACUGAAAUUCUUGACGUUUGGUGAUAUGAAUAGUCUGGAGGACUGGUGUGAAGGGGAAGAUGGUGAAUUCCCUUGCCUCCAAAACUUUCAUAUCAGCGGUUGCCCCAAGCUAAGGAGGCUGCCUCGACUUCUUCCUAGUACAGAAGGAUUGAAUUUUGAUAUCACAUCUUGCCAUAGUUUAACAUCAUUGGACUGUGGAUUAAAUACCUCUCUUAAAGAAUUGCAGGUCAGUAAUUGUGAUGGUAUUAGAUCGUUGGCCGAAGACCUGUACAAAUUCAGCUUAUUGCAGAGAAUUAAUAUUUCAUAUUGUUCUCAACUGGAGGUGUUGUUUCCAGAUGAAUGCCUAAUCUCAUCCAUGCUUGAAGAUUUAAAGAUCUCUUAUUGUGAAAUGCUUAGAACACUGCCAAAGGGAUUGUACAAAAGUACCUCACUGAAAACAUUUGAGAUCGACCAUUGUCCUCAUCUCUCGCUCUUGCUUUCUGAUGCAACAGAAGAAUGUCCACCCUCAGCGCUUGAAACUUUUCACCUGUUAGUAUUUGAUGAGUUGAGGUCCUUUCCAAGGUUCUCCAUAGAUUAUCCUAAAUAAUUGGCGACUGUAAAGAAAAUUCAUGCCUUUACCGAAAGAUUGGAUUCCCACACGCAUUCAACCUCUGUUAAUGGCAUGGUGCAAUACUGAACUGACUAAAAGAUGCCAGCAAGAAGGAGAAGAUUGCCCCAAAAUAUCACAUAUUCCAUAUGUAUGGAUUCAUAAACCCAUAAUUGCAUGGUCAGAUCUUAUUAUUUCUUCAGAAAAUAGCCCUAAAAAAGGGAAUUGCUACCUAUCUUUGAUGCUCCUCUUUCUCAAGCAAAAGAAUUCAGGUUAAAGCUGAUGAGAGAAUCCCCUUCAUGCGGUCGAAGAUUGCUACUGAUUCCAGCUUUGCUCAAGAUGUUUCUGAUUUCAAUAUCCUCAAGGAAAGGGGUCUCAGUUGGGCUCUUUGGAUUUUGCUAUAGCUUGCCUUCAAAUAGUUCUUGGCCUUUGUAGUUGACUCUUUAUGUUUCCCCAAGAGAGAACCAUCUUGUGUGGUUUGUAGUUGAUGAAAUCCUUGGUUUCUUGACAUCAUAAGUUUCAAUUCCUCGGACCUCUCUUUGAAAUCAUUGUGUCCUUGGUUGAAGUUCGCUUCUAUCUUCAAAACACCAAAAAUUUGCAUUUCUAGCAAAUGUUGGUUUGGUUGGUGAUGGAUUAGUGAUUACAUCUCAUUUUA